CGCAACCUCACUGAGGACUAGUAAACACCAGUAAGUACAGUAGUAUGAUGUUGCCUAUGUAGCCAUGGUGGUACAUGCUUGUGUUCUUGAGCACUUCACUGUGUUAAUGCUGAAAGAAUGACCGAAUUCCUGAAAGCACACCUUUUAUUAAUAUAACAAUGAAACUGAAAGAACUGGAGAGUUGCCUUCAGCAAGUGGAUGGAUUUGAGGAACCAAAGAUCCUCCUUGAACAGUAUCCCACUGGUCCACAUAUAGCAGGUUGCAUGCUCUACACAAUCCACAACACAUUUGAUGACAUUGAGAAUAAACUGGUUGCUGAUCUGGGUUGUGGAUGUGGAGUGCUCAGUAUAGGAGCUGCUGUUUUAGAUGCAGGACUCUGUAUAGGAUUUGAUAUUGACAGUGAUGCACUGGAAAUCUUCAAACAAAAUGUGGAGGAAUUUGAGCUGCCGAACAUCGACAUGGUCCAGUGUGACAUCUGUUCUAUUGGAUCCUUAUAUGAAAAGAAAUUUGACACGGUGAUCAUGAACCCACCAUUUGGCACAAAACACAAUCAGGGUAUAGAUAUGCAGUUCCUAAAGACAGCCCUGUCCAUGUCAAGUGGAGCAGUUUAUUCUCUUCAUAAGACUUCAACGCGAGAUCACAUACAGAAGAAGGCGAGUGACUGGAAAGUAAAAAUGGAAGUAAUCGCAGAACUUCGGUAUGAUCUACCAGCAUCGUACAAGUUUCAUAAAAAGAAAUCGGUUGACAUCCAAGUGGACUUUAUCCGUUUUAGCCCAACUUGAAAUCUGAGCUGAAAUAAGAUUUUGGUUUAUUUGUUUGUGGAUAUAUUUUAAAAGGUGAUGUUCUUAUGUCUGUUGUAUUGUUGUAAGUUUGCUUAGAAAUUUCCACAUAUACUGUGUUUAGAUCAGGGGUCCAGUCAUAUCCAGAAAGCGUCAGUGUAAGUGCAGGUUUUCAUUCCAAACAAGCAGAAGCCACGCCAAGAUCAACCGAUUAAACAGACGGAAUUAGAUGCAGCUCCUGUUUUUCUGAUUUGUAUAAAAACUUGCUCUCACAGCGGCCCUUUCAGGAUAAGACUAGACUCCUCUGAUCUUGAUAUCCAUCCAACAAUCCAUUUUCUACACCGCUUAUACUACUGGGACACUGGAAUCUGGGGCCAAACCCAGGAGACUUGGGGCACAAGGCAAGGUACACCUUGGAAAGGAUGACAAUCUAUUGCAGUGAUCUAGAUAUUCAUUAUGCACUCUGAGAACCAUUUUUUGUAGUUUAUGGGAUUUCCCUCUAGAUGGCAGUGAUGGAACUGACUUUUCUUUACUACCUUGUCUGGUACUUGUAGGAUUUUAUUUUUUGAAGGUAUGUGUUAUAUGUUGGAUAAGAAUAAUGACAAGUUCAUAUAAAAUUCCAUAAUCACACAAAGAAACCAAGUGUGAAUUUGCUAAAUAUUUUAUUUGGAACAGCAGGUUAUAAAGGUGUGUAAAAUGUCUUGUAAAAAAAGUCAUUAUAUAAUCAAAUUCUCAAUUAUUAUACACGCACUUGAGCUUAAGAAAAGUUUGUUGAUGAAAUAAAACCUAUAACUUUUAACAUUA